CUUCAAGCUUCACGUUCAAGGCGUGUAGUUUUGCUCUCAUUACUCUCUUUCUGCUUUCUUUCUCACUUCCCUGUAUUCAAUCUUUCUUCAAUUUCAAGCAAGUUGAUCUAGUUUCCGAUUUAUUGCUUACUUUUGAUUUUUAUUUAUUUUUGGAAUUGAUCUCAUUCGGAGAUGAACAAGUGGGAAAAAUCAUUGAGAGAAGAUAAAUCCAGUCACGAGAGGAAGAAUCCAUCUUUCUCUUCGAGUCUUCUGGAUGAAAUUUAUCGUUCGAUUACCGAUGGUGACGAGGAUCACAAAGAACUGCAUUUUUACAGAGAAACAAUGGCGAAGAAGCAUAGUUUGAGAGGCAGCAGAGGCGUUGGAGAGGAGGAAAUGGCGAAGGUUCGUGGAGCGGGCGUGACGGACAAAUGGAUGGAGAAGAAAGGUAGUGAGAAGGUUGUUUCGCGACAUCAACGGCGGUCGUUUCCGGAAAUUGAUAAAAAAUGGCAGUACUAUCAGGAUCCUCUGUUCUUCAGCUCGAGUUCUAGCUCUUCUGAUUCCAGUUAUGGAGGAUUUUCGUCGUCGGAGACGGAAUCGAUGAAGUCCUUCUUCGCUCCGCCACCAAGGCCUAGACCGAUUCGAACCUCUCGUUUGGAGAGGUCGGAGCAGGCUUUGUCCUAUGGACAGAGCGAAUUUCACAUGUUUGAUGACUAUCGCCAUCACUCUGCGAUCACAAGAGAACCGUCAAAGAGCGAAGAAGAGAUUAGCAAGUCGAAAUCGAGAGCUUUGAAGAUGUAUGGCAACCUCAAGAAGGUGAAGCAGCCAAUCUCACCGGGAGGCCGACUCGCGACGUUUCUUAAUUCACUUUUCACUGCAGGAAACACUAAGAAGUCCACGAAGACCACAUCAUCAGCGGGAGGUUGCGAGGAUUGGAGUUCCGAGAGGAAGCUUAAUUCGCAGCCAUCAACUUGUUCUUCAGCCUCCUCAUUUGCAAGAUCAUGUUUAAACAAGAAUUCUCCUUCCGUAAAGGAGAAAUCCCGCAAUGACGCGAAGAGGACAGUCAGAUUCUUCCCGGUUAGCAUUAUUGUGGACGAAGACUGUCGGCCAUGUGGCCGUAAAUGCGUGUAUGGAGAAGAAGGCUCAACUCAAAUGUCGGCAUCCAGAAAAAUUACCAAAAGAAAUGAAGAAGACCUCAAAUUCCAAGACCAAACCAGGCGAGUCGAAGCAGCUUCCAGAGAAUUACACAGAAGCUUUCAUCAGAAGAAAAACGAUAACAUUUUCAAUAAUUUUCAUGUCAAUUAUGACGAAGAAGACGAAGAUGAUGAUGCUGCAAGUUGUUCAAGCUCUGAUCUAUUCGAGCUCGAUCACCUCGCAUUAAUCGGUAAUGACAGGUAUCAAGAAGAGCUUCCAGUGUAUGAAACCACUCAUAUAGAUACUAAUCGCGCCAUAGCUAAUGGCUUGCUUGUGUAGUUUCCCAAAAAUAUUUCACCAAAAAAAAAAAAAAAAAGAUUGUUAUUAUA